AACAGCGACAUGGAAUGGAAGUUCGGUAGAGCUCAGCUGUGGCUUCGGGUUAUCGAACCAGUGGUUGAACUCCCUCCACCUUUCAACCUUAUCCCAAAAUCCGGGACAGUACAGCGCAUGAUCAAGAGGUGGAUCGGACGUGAGACGCUGAGCCGGGAAGAAGAUGAAGAAAGACCUGGAGACCCCGAAAGGGAAUCCAUGGUUCUGAUUCACAAAUUAUUGGAACGCUACCAGGAUCAGAAACGCGAAUCGACGCCAUCCUGUUGUGGAUUUACCAUCGAAGAUUUCAGGAUAUUGAAAGAAAACUUUCUUUCUCUCCGGAACCACAUCUCAAAAAUCCUUCGCCUGAUCGAAAUGAGCAUCGAAUCUCUGGAGGUAGUCGUUGAGGGGCUCAACAUCCGAAUCGGAAAGCUCAACGACACAGACACUCAACUCGACGGCAUCGAUCACAAUCGGGUCCAGAUUGAGGACGACGACAUCGACCAGCUGACUGAUGACGUCACAAAUCUGGAGAAGUGUGUACGUCACGCAAUGGCCCGUCUGCAGAGUACUAGCUUGAUUACGCAGAUGGCAGAGAUGUACAGUCAGGGGCGUACAGUUGUCAAUGACGAUGAAGCGAGGGGGAAGUUGGAGUCCUAUCGACAGGACUUCGACAGCUACGCAACAAAUCUUUACGCGUGAUCGCUCAGAAAUAAAUAUGAAGAGAAGGUUGAGGUCUGGUGAAAAGGUGACAAAUAAUUUGUGAGUUAUUAUCGGUCUUUGAAGUUAAUAUGGAAGAAAUGUUGCCGAAAGAAUUGCCUGUCAAAUUCUCUUGUAUUCGGAAUAAUGACAGGAAAAAGCUGAAUAUUAGGACCAAAUUCCAUGCUUACAUUGUAAACACGUGCGUGCA